GACGAUUUAACGCAGCAUAAUUACAAAGAUACAAUAAAACUUUAAAGAGUCAGUAAAUGCUUGUGAAUCGUUCCGAAACCGACAAUAAUAAAAAAUUCCCUAAGCGCAUCCAUAGUAUGGAAAAAAGUAAACAAUAUAUUUAUAAAUGUCAGAAACGUUUUAUAUGUUCUGGGAAUUACUCGUUAGUCUACUUUUUUCGUACAUUGGCAAACCUUUUUGAAAUUUUACGUUUGCUAUUCAAAGAAGUUCAAAACUUAGAGACGCGCGUGAAAAAUGAAAAAUCAAUUUUGCGAGUAUGCCAAGUGCUUUGUUCGAUAACAAUGAACCAAAUAUAUUUUGUGCCUUUUGUGAUUUUCCUUAUUAUUAACGGUACUAACGGAACGCCGGUGAAGGGGUCAAAUACCCAUCUGGGUAAUGGUUAUGACGACUUUUCAGUGUUUUCAUCACAAGAUCAAUCAAGUUCGCCUAGAAGUCGUCAUGGUUUAAAUACUAUUAGAGUUGUGGGAAUACGAUUAGAAGAUGACACAGUAGAAACAAAAAAUGGAAUACCUAGUGUGUUGGUAGACAAAGAUCAAACACUUAGAGUUUUCGGCAGUGGCAUACAGAAAAAUACAGUUAUAACAUUUACCACUGAAGCAAAUGAAUACGGUGGUCCAUGUCUCAAGCCAGCCACUGAUUUUUUUACACCGUUGGAAGUUUCCAAUGAUGGGUUCUCAGCGACGUACAUUGUUAAAUUUCCGACAACUUUAGGUGUAUUUUAUAUUUGUGCCAAAACUGCUGAGGAUGAAAAUACUAAUAGAAAAGCCGAAAAUACAUCGCCCUUGGCACACCAAGGAAAUUCCAAUUGUCUUAAAAUAGAAACACAUGAACCAUUAUUACCAGUUUGGAUAGCCAUAAUCAUCAUAAUAGUAUGCCUUUGCUUUUCUGCACUUUUCUCUGGUCUUAACUUGGGUUUAAUGGCUAUGGACCGCACAGAAUUAAAGAUACUGCGAAACACUGGUACGGAAAAAGAAAAGAGAUAUGCAUCAAAAAUUGCACCAGUUCGAGAUCAAGGUAAUUAUCUGUUGUGCAGUAUUCUCUUGGGUAAUGUGUUGGUUAACUCAACCUUUACCAUUCUGCUGGAUGGUUUAACUUCUGGACUUUUUGCCGUUAUAUUUUCCACAUUGGCCAUCGUUCUCUUUGGUGAAAUUACACCACAGGCUGUGUGUUCACGUCACGGUUUGGCAAUUGGAGCCAAAACUAUUUUAAUAACCAAAACUGUUAUGGCAAUAACAGCUCCCCUGUCUUAUCCAGUCUCACGACUUCUUGAUAAGUUAUUGGGUGAAGAAAUUGGUAAUGUUUACAAUAGGGAACGUUUAAAGGAACUUGUCCGUGUUACAAAUGAUGUAAACGAUCUUGAUAAAAAUGAAGUAAACAUCAUAUCUGGAGCGUUAGAGUUACGUAAAAAAACGGUUGCGGACGUAAUGACUCAUAUAAACGAUGCUUUUAUGCUCUCAUUAGAGGCGGUACUUGAUUUUGAAACUGUUUCGGAAAUUAUGAAUUCAGGGUAUUCUCGUAUUCCUGUAUACGAUGGCGAUAGAAAGAACAUUGUUACACUACUUUACAUUAAAGAUUUGGCCUUUGUUGAUACUGAUGAUAAUACGCCAUUGAAAACACUGUGCGAGUUCUAUCAAAAUCCAGUUCAUUUUGUUUUUGAGGAUUAUACUUUAGAUAUUAUGUUUAACCAAUUCAAAGAGGGAACAAUUGGGCAUAUCGCGUUUGUUCAUCGCGUUAAUAAUGAGGGAGAUGGAGACCCGUUUUAUGAAACUGUUGGCUUAGUUACACUGGAAGAUGUCAUUGAAGAGCUGAUUCAGGCAGAAAUAGUUGAUGAAACCGACGUUUUUGUUGACAACCGUACAAAGACAAAACGAAAUCGUUAUAAGAAGGCCGACUUUUCUGCGUUUGCUGAGCGACGUGAAGUGCAAGCUGUUCGAAUUUCUCCUCAAUUAACUUUGGCUACUUUCCAGUACCUAAGCACAGCUGUGGACGCUUUUAAAAAGGAUGUUAUUUCGGAACCAAUUUUGCGGAGACUACUUAAUCAAGACGUCUUCCACAAUAUUAAAACAAAGGGGAAAAGUAAAGACGACCAAAGUCUAUACAUUUUUACACAAGGGAAACAUGUGGACUUUUUUGUACUUAUAUUGGAGGGUCGCGUGGAAGUGACCAUUGGAAAAGAAGCUCUUAUGUUUGAAAGUGGUCCGUUUACUUAUUUCGGAACACAAGCUUUAGUGCAAAAUGUGGUUAUUGACUCUCCAACUCAACUUGGAUCCCUGCAGUCUCUUAACAUGGACUCGAAAAUUCGGCAAUCAUUUGUACCUGAUUACUCUGUUCGUGCUAUAUCUGAUGUCAUAUAUAUUGCAAUUAAAAGGGUGUUAUAUCUAACGGCGAAAAAGGCUACAUUGCUGGAAAAGAGUCGAAAAUCCGGAACAUUCUCAAGCGAAACAUUUGACGACGAGGUUGAACGCUUGUUGCAUUCUAUAACUGAAGAUGAAAAACCCCAAUUACUAACCGCGAAUUUAGGCACGAGGCUCCAUUCGAAACGUAAUCGAAGUAUGACUUCAUCUCCUACGAAUAUUGAGUUUUCUCAUGAUGAGAGAAGCAAUCAAAGCGUCGGUGGAGUUAUCCAAGAUGACAGAAAAAUUAUCAACCCUGAGCACACGGAUAAUGCUUCAAUAAGUAGUUUGGUAGUUUCAGAAGUGGAAGGAUAUCUUCAAAAUGGGGAACAAGAUGACAGGGAAAAGACUGUAGCUUCCACACCCCUUUUACCAAAGCCAAAUGAUAAACCUGAAAAUAGGGAACAUAAUCCCAAAUAACAUAACAUUUUGAAGUCGCCAGCGCGUCAACUUUAAUAUUUGAGCUUAUGAAAGAAAAUCCAUUGUCCAAUCAAUUUAUAAUUUCGUAAUUAUCCGUUACAUUUUAAAGGCCAAAAGUUUGCCUUGUUUUCACAAAAAUUAUAAUUUGAUAUUAAUUUAUAUGCAAAUUCAGAAAACGCAGUUAAGAUUUUUAAAGUUUCAAAGUUGCUCACAUUCGGAUAUUAAAAUCAAUUGUUACUUUUCCUGAAGUGCAUUUCUGAAAUUAAAGAAUUUCUAUAAUCACAAUACCAAGUGGUUUAUAGGGCUUUUCUGUAUAAAAUAUAUUAUUGUGUUACCUCAUAAAAUAUGUACUUAAAUUAUUUAGGAAUGGCCACUUACCUAGCGUCCGUUUCGUUAAUCCACACUUAAAAACGUGUGGCUUAGUUUCAUUCUAUGCUCUAUGAAUUUAGACGGCUUUAAUAAUAAAAAACUUUAUAAAACUUUAAGGUUUAUGUUUAUUAAAUUAUAAUUAAAUAUAUUGUUAUUUUCAGUAACUGGUGAGGGGCUGCUUAUAAAUAAUCCAAUCCGAAAAUAUAAAGAUUUCAAGAGCAGUAACACCAGAUUAGUAUUCUUUUAUAUUCAGGUUCUCAUCUCUAUUAGUAAUUAUGUAAAGUAAAGACGACGGCGGUUGGUAUGGGGUAAGUCAAAGGCUGACUGCACUUUACUUAACAAUUUAAAUAUUUGAUGUGUAAAUACACCCCUGUACCCACCUCAGCAAAAAUAGUGUUCAUUUAUGUAAUCAUGUAUGUAUGUAAGUGUUCUUUUAGGGGAAAAUGUAAUCAUUGUACAAUAAAUUUGGCGGUUUGUUGAAUAAAUAAUGCCUCAUACACUAUUA